AUGGUUUCGCCCAUGGACGCGGACAACAUGGAGGACAGCAGGUCUCCAGGACUUCUCUUCAACGUCAACAACAGCAACAACAACAAAGACAAGGAUGAGAAGAAGAAAAAGAAGAAGAAAGAGAAGAAAAAGAAAGUCAAAGUGGAGGAGAAGAAAGACAAAGAGAAAGAGAAGGAGGAGGAGAUAUCUGAAUACUUUUGUGUGUGUUUGCGUGAUAGUCCACGGGAGAUCACUGCGGUGGACCCAGCGGGAAACACUUAUUACCACUGGCUCUUCAUCAUCACGGUUCCCGUCAUGUACAACUGGACUUUCAUCAUCGCCAGGGCGUGCUUCGAGGAACUUCAGAUGGACUACUUGCGCUACUGGUUUCUCUUGGACUUUCUCAGUGACUGCAUCUACGUAGCUGACAUGGUCUUCAGAACCAGGACAGGCUACUUGGAGCAGGGUCUUCUGGUAAAGGAUGAGCAGAAGCUACGUGAGCGUUACACCAAGAGUUUCCAGUUCCGACUGGAUGUUCUGUCCAUCGUCCCCACUGACAUUCUGUAUGCCAAGCUGGGUCUCAACUACCCCGAGAUCCGCCUUAACAAGCUGUUGAGGUUCAACAGGAUGCUGGAGUUCUUCCAGAGAACCGAGACCAGAACCAACUACCCAAACGCAUUACGGAUCUCCAACCUGGUUAUGUACAUUGUUAUCAUCAUCCACUGGAAUGCCUGUCUCUACUACUCAUUCUCCAAAGCCAUUGGUUUUGGCUCAGACAGGUUUGUAUAUCCCGACCCUGCAAACCCGGAAUUCGGCCGCCUGGUGCGGAAGUACGCCUACAGUAUGUACUGGUCCACGCUGACGCUCACCACCAUUGGAGAGACUCCUCCCCCUGUGGAGAACUCAGAGUAUUUCUUUGUUGUCACCGAUUUCCUGGUGGGUGUGCUGAUCUUUGCCACCAUCGUGGGUAACGUCGGGUCCAUGAUUACCAACAUGAACGCUGCACGAGCCAACUUUCAAGCUCGCAUCGACGCUAUUAAACAGUACAUGAGCUUCCGAAAGGUAACCAAAGACCUGGAGAAGCGUGUCAUUAAGUGGUUCGACUUUCUGUGGACCAACAAGAAGGCGGUAGAUGAGCGGGAAGUCCUCAAGUACCUUCCGGACAAGCUGAGAGCUGAGAUUGCCAUCAAUGUGCACCUGGACACACUCAAAAAGGUUCGUAUCUUUGCUGACUGCGAGGCGGGCCUGCUGGUGGAGCUGGUGCUGAAGCUGCAGCCGCAGGUCUACAGUCCGGGAGACUACAUCUGCAAAAAGGGGGACAUUGGACGCGAGAUGUACAUUAUUAAAGAGGGCAAGCUGGCCGUGGUGGCCGAUGACGGUGUCACGCAGUUCGUAGUCCUCAGUGACGGUAGCUACUUUGGCGAGAUCAGCAUCCUGGCAAUCAAAGGCAGCAAAGCAGGAAACAGGCGAACGGCAAACAUCCGCAGCAUCGGUUACUCCGACCUCUUCUGCCUCUCCAAAGAUGACCUGAUGGAGGCUCUAACCGAGUAUCCCGACGCCAAGGCCUUGUUAGAGGAGAAGGGGAGGCAGAUCUUAAUGAAGGACGGCCUGCUAGACCUGGAGGUGGCAGCACAGGGCCCCGACCCCAAGGAGAUUGAAGACAAAGUGGAUAGGAUGGCGAGCACGCUGGACGGCCUGCAGACACGUUACGCUCGACUGCUGGCCGAGCACGAGGCCACACACAGCAAGCUUAAACAUCGAGUCAGCAAAUUGGAGAAGAAACUGCCCUCUCAGGCAGACCAGGAGCCGCCGCCGGCCACUGGAUGA